GGGUAGGCAAUCUGAGGUCCUUAUUUUGCCAAUCACACCCUCUGGAUAAGAGAAGAAUCUGAAAACCAGAACUCCAUUGGACUGCAUUUCCCUCACGUCCUCAUCAAAUCUUCAACUCAACUUUCCCACCUUAGCCACCCAUCCGACUCUAGAUCAAAGCACUGAGAUUCUUACAUUCCAGAUUCAACAUCAGCAGAAACACUUGAAUUCAACACAAUCCACCAUCAAUGGCUGCAACAAUAGCUACAAUGGCUGUUCUCAAUGCCAAGUGUUUGAGCAUCACCACAACCAAAGACAUCAACCACAACAAGCCAACCACCAAACCCACCUCCCUUUUCUCCAUGCAAAACCUCCCAAAAGGUCUGACCAUCUCAAGCCCAGCUGAGAAUACCGCCGCACUUGCUGGUACUACCAUUGCAGGAGCAAUCUUUUCAACUUUGAGCUCAUGUGAUGCAGCUUUUGCGGCGCAACAAAUAGCUGAAAUAGCAGACGGCGACAACCGUGGGCUAGCACUGUUGUUACCAAUCGUGCCAGCCAUCGUUUGGGUGUUAUUUAACAUUCUCCAGCCUGCGCUGAACCAAAUAGACAGGAUGCGUAGCAGCAAUGGAGUGAUCAUCGGGCUUGGACUGGGUGGAUUGGCUGGGUUGAUGUCAACGCCACCACAUGCGUCGGCUGGUGAAAUUGCGGUGUUGGCUGAUGCUACAAAUGACAACAGGGGCCAACUUUUGCUGUUUGUUAUUGCUCCAGCGAUUCUGUGGGUGCUCUACAACAUUCUUCAACCGGCUUUGAACCAAAUCAACAGGAUGAGGUCUUAGGUGAGAGAUGAAUGGAUUUUGACCUGUGGGGUGUGAUAUGAAAAGUAAUUUAAUUAUAUAUGUAAUUGCACCUACUGUUAAUUGGCUACCUUUGCUUAUUAGAAGCCAUCAACAUUAAUUUUCCUUUCAAAA